GCCACCGCCGCCAUGAGCCGCGCCAAGCUCGUGGAUAUCGGCGUUAACCUCACGGACCCCGCGUUCAGGGGGAUCUACAGGGGAACGCGAAAACAUCAAGAUGACCUUUUGGAUGUGGUAGAGAGAGCUGUCAAAGUUGGUGUUAAAAAGUUUUUGAUUACAGGUGGGAGUCUCCAGGACAGUAAAGAUGCAUUGCAGCUGGCACAGACCAAUGAUAUGUUUUACAGCACAGCUGGCUGCCACCCUACACGCUGCGGGGAAUUUGAGCAGAGUAACCCUGACCAGUAUUUAUCAGAAUUAAAAAAUCUGAUUGAAAAGAAUAAGACAAAGAUAAUAGCAGUUGGAGAAUGUGGCCUAGAUUUUGACAGAUUGGAGUUUUGCCCAAAGGACAUCCAACUCAAAUACUUCGAAAAACAGUUUGACCUGGCAGAGCAAACAAGACUGCCCAUGUUUCUUCACUGCAGAAACUCACAUGCUGAAUUUUUAGACAUAAUGAGAAGAAACAGAGAUAGAUUUGUUGGAGGAGUGGUUCAUUCUUUUGAUGGCACAAAGGAAGAAGCAGCAGCAAUAAUAGAUUUGGAUCUUUACAUUGGAAUAAAUGGCUGUUCAUUGAAAACAGAAGCCAACUUGGAAGCACUGAAAUCAAUUCCUAGUGAACGAUUAAUGAUAGAGACCGAUGCACCCUGGUGUGGAGUGAAAAAUACUCAUGCUGGAUCGAAAUAUGUGAAAACCACAUUUCCUACCAAAAAGAAAUGGGAAAUGGGGCACUGCCUGAAGGACAGGAAUGAGCCCUGCCAUAUAAUGAGGUUAAUGAAUUUCAGUCUGAAAAGUCAAGACCACUGAUAAAGACAUGCACAAAAUGACACUUUCUUUGGAACAGAAAGCUGUUUAAUUACCUCUGAACAAGAGUCAAAAGACCAAAGAUGAACCUGUACCAGUGAGCAACCAGCGACCAGGGAAUAGAAGUUACUGCCUUUAGUAAGUGAAGCUGUUUCCGUAUCAGAGCAUCUCACCCUGUUGCUCUCAUAGUAGGUUUUUAUUCCAGGUUAAUCUUAGUUACUCAUGUACAUACAGAUGUGACACUCUGAUGUAUAUUCAGUACUGAUUUUUGGAGUCUAAUAUCAAUUAUUAUUUUUUUUUUAGUCAAAUACUGGAAAUUAUGGCAGCAGUAAGAGAAGAUGACCCACUCGAGUUGGCCAAUACUCUAUAUAACAACACUAUUAAAGUCUUCUUUCCAAAUAUAUAAA